GAAGGAGGGUUCGAACCUCCGACCUUGUGGUUAACAGCCACACGCUCUAACCAACUGAGCUAUUCCAGCUUAUUGAUUCUCUUUUCAAAAUCAUAAAUAAUUAUAGCAUUAAUAUAGGAGGAAAUGCGCAGAGCUACAUCUUCUUUCCUCGGCGUGAAGUCGGUACUGUUCAAUUGCAGCGGCCGCUCUACGAUGUUGUCUCGCAUAGCACUAUCUUCGUUUCGACGGAGACGGUAUAAUUCCGAAGCGGGGACCGAGGUUUACUCCUUCCUAAAAUCCUCCAUCUUCAGCGUUAAGCGAACUCCGCCAGCGCCCGUAUAUCAAAAAUCGGCGACGCAACUUCUGAACCACGACCAGGCGACCCAUUUAGAAUCCACACUCGAAAAGUCGCUUCUCGUCAACGAAACCGAUGAGGCGUGGAAGUCAUUCAAGACCCUCACUUCGAACUCUGCCCUGCCAAGUAAACCCCUCACCAAUUCACUCAUUACCCACCUCGCAUCCGCCGCCGAUACCCUCAAUCUCAAGAGAGCUUUCGCUUCCGUCAUCUACUGCGUGGAGAAAAGCCCUGCUCUGUUGGAUUUCGAUACGGUUCGUAUGGUUCUAAAGUCCAUGGUACGUGCCAACACUGCUGCACCUGCUUUCGCUUUGAUCAAGUGUAUGUUCAAGAACAGGUACUUCAUGCCAUUUGGUUUGUGGGGCGAUUUGCUGAUUGAGGUCAGUAGAAAGAAUGUGAGUUUCUGUUCCUUUUUGGAGCUGUUUGAAGAAACUUGCAGGGUUGCUGUUGACGAGAAGUUGGUAUUUAUGAAGCCUGAUUUAGAUGCUUGUAAUGUAGCUUUAGAAGGGUGUUGUCGUGAACUAGAAUCGAUUCGUGACGCUGAGCGUGUUAUUGAAACAAUGUCGGUUUUGAACAUUAAGCCUGAUGAAUUCAGCUUUGGGUUUCUUGGUUAUCUCUACGCACUGAAAGGGCAUACGAUGAAGAUAAAUGAAUUGAAGGGUUUGAUAGAGGGUUUUGGGUUUUCAAACAGUAGCUUGUUUUAUAGUAGUUUGAUAGGUGGGUAUGUGAAAUCAGGUUAUUUGAAGUCUGUUUCAGCUACAAUUCUAAGUUGUCUGAAGGAAGAAAAUCAAGAAGUUAUGCAUUUUAGUAGGGAGACUUUCUGCGAAGUGAUCAAUGGAUUUCUCAAACAUGGGAGUGUGAAAGAUUUAGCAGAUCUGAUUAUUGAAGCUCAGAAAUUGGAGCCGCCUAGUACAGUGGUAGAAAGGUCAAUCGGUUUUGGCAUAAUUGAUUCUUGUGUUAGUCUCGGAUUAUCAGAUAAAGCACAUAGCAUUGUCGAUGAAAUGGUGGCUCAAGGCAGCACCAUGGGGCUUGGGGUCUAUCUACCGAUCUUGAAGGCAUAUUGCAAAGAGCAUCGGACAGCGGAAGCAACUCAGCUAGUGAUGGAGAUUAGCAACUCAGGUAUGCAUUUGUCAGCAGAGAGCUUUGAUUCUCUAAUCGAUGCAGCAAUGACUAGCCAAGAUUUUCAGUCGGCUUUUACUCUUUUUAGGGACAUGAGAGAGGCAAGAGUACCUGAACUGAAAGGAAGUUACUUGACUAUAAUGACCGGUUUGAUGGCGAGUCAUCGGCCUGAGUUAAUGGCUGCCUUUCUGGAUGAAAUAGUCGAGGAUCCUAGAAUUGAAGUGAAGACCCAUGACUGGAAUUCAAUCAUUCAUGCCUUUUGUAAAGCUGGGAGGUUAGAAGAUGCAAGAAGGACUUUCAGAAGGAUGGUUUUCCUGCAAUAUGAACCGAACGAUCAAACAUAUUUGUCACUCAUCAAUGGGUAUGUCACGGCAGAGAAGUACUUCAGUGUAUUGAUGCACUGGAACGAGGUGAAGCGGAGGAUAUCGACUGCUGAGAAAGAGGGAGGUGUUAAAUUUGAUCAUGCUUUGGUUGAUGCUUUCUUGUAUGCUUUGGUCAAAGGAGGGUACUUUGAUGCUGUGAUGCAAGUUGUGGAGAAAUCUCAAGAGAUGAAGAUUUUUGUGGAUAAGUGGAGAUACAAACAAGCAUUUAUGGAGACACAUAAGAAGCUCAAGGUGUCGAAAAUGAGAAAGAGGAACUUCCGGAAGAUGGAAGCACUUAUAGCGUUCAAGAAUUGGGCUGGGCUAAAUGCAUGAACUCCUGGCGAAUGUCCUUUGCCUUGUGGCUGACUGAUUGUUCUUCCCUCUGCCUUUGUCUAAGAGGUUGUUUUGUGAUGAUAAGGCUGCAGAGUGGGGCAACAGUUGUUGAGUCUGGAGAUGAGGAUGAGGAUGAGGAUUAACAACCUGUAUUAAUUGCAUCAGUCAGACAAAUGAUUAUUUGCCCCCCGAAGAAGAAAAGAAGCGUCACCGUGAAUGUACUUUUUGGGUUGUGCUAAUGACUCGCCAAUUCAACUUGCAGGCUAAAGUUGGAUCUUCCGAAGCUCCAUUGCUGCUUCCUCCCUGAUAGAUGUAGAUGCCGUAUGGCUGUGCAGUUCAUUAUGAGAACAAAUAUUAUUGUGAAAUCAUAUAUUAAUUAUUGUGUAUGAAUAUUGUUUGUGCCAUCUAGCUCAGGACACGAACAAUGAUAUUUGUUGGUGUGGGGUUGACUCAUGAUCCGUUCGUCCGAUCUCGUCGGGAGAGAAGAAACCUGUGAAAAGACC